AUGGCAACGCCCAACCCGAAGCAGCCGGUCCUGCUGCUCAAGACCAAGUCGAGCCCCUCGGAUACCUACGAGGAGCUCUUCUCAACCGCUGCCCCGCCAGACGGCGGCCCGGGGUUCGAGCCCAUAUUCGUGCCCGUUCUCCAGCACCAGUUCGACGAGGCCGGCCUCGGCAGUUUCCGGGCGCUGCUUCGUGAGCGGCGCAUUAGCAAUCGCGAGGAUGCGGCGUACGGCGGGCUGAUCUUCACGUCGCAACGCGCCGUCGAGGCCUUUGCCAAGCUGGUCGAGGAGGGGUCGGGCAGUCCCGAUGACGAGAAUGCAUCCUCGUGGCCGCACCUCCAAUCCAUACCGCUCUACACCGUCGGCCCGGCCACCACCCGCGCCCUGCGCGCCAUCCCCCAGACACCCGCCCUUCAGGUCUUUGGCGAGCACACGGGCAACGGCGAUGCUCUGGCCCCCUUCAUCCAGGAGCACUACGGCGCGUGGUACGCCGGCCGACGCACCAAGCCCGCGCUGCUGUUCCUCGUCGGCGAGAAGCGCCGCGACAUCAUCCCGCAGUUCCUGAUGAACCCGGACCUGCCCGUGGAGACAAGGAUCCGCGUCGACGAGACAGUGGUCUACGGCACGGGGGUCAUGGAGUCGUUCCCCGGCGACUUCGCGGCCGUGCUGCGGCGGACGGGCGACAGGACUGCGCGGUGGCUUGUUGUCUUUAGCCCGACCGGGUGCGAGGGCAUGCUCCGGGGGCUCGGCAUGCUGGACCCGGAGACGGGGAAGGUGGGCCGCGUGGACAAGGAGCACAGGACGACCUUUGUUGCCGCCAUAGGGCCGACGACGAGGGGCUAUCUGAAGAAGACGUUUGGAUUCGAGCCGGAUGUGUGCGCUGAGACACCGAGCCCCGAAGGCGUCUUGGCUGGGAUUACGCAGUUCAGAAAGACGCGGGAGGGGCGAUAG